CAUCCACAAAGUUGAGAACUCUCUUAGGAACCACACCGUAAAAAGUAAAACAAAAAGAAAAUGAAAUUCCUUAUUGUCUUGGCUGCUCUUUGCGCCGUUGCCUUGGCUGCUCCUGCUGGUGAUCACGAUCAUGUUGAAAUUUUGAAGCAGGACUCUAAGGUGGACCAUGAUGGCUAUUCAUUCGAUGUGGAGACCAGUGAUGGCACUGUCCGCCAUGAAGACGGUAAAGUCACCGGAGAUCAUGAUGGAUCUAUUGUUGUUCAUGGCAGCUUCACCUGGAAGGAUCAUCAUGAUGGCAAAGUUUACACUGUCAACUAUGUGGCCGAUGAACAUGGUUUCCAGCCCAGUGGUGAGCAUCUUCCACCUUUGCCACAUAAUGAGCAUUAAAAAGUGAGAUCGAAAUCGUUGUAUAUGAAAGCAUAAAAAUGAACAAAAAAAAAAUAUUUUGAAUAAAGUGUAAAAUCGCUU